GUGGGACGUAGGACGUGGGGUUCUGAAAACCUGAGGGGAUGUGAAGCUCUCUCUGUUUGUCACCAAUUGAGGCCACUUGCAAGUGUUCGUUUACAUGCUACAUGCAUUCUUGGAACUAAAAGCAAGACCAGAGUCACGAUGGGCUCUGAGUCUUGGGACCACCGGCCUAAGAGGCACCUGCCAGCAUCUCCUGAGACUCCAAACAAGAAACGACCACCUGUCGGUGAAGAGGCCUCACCAGCCGACCCUGAGGAUGCCAUCACCCGGGAUGAGAUCCAAGGCGCAGCGCUGGCACCGGACGACGCCAGUUCUGGCAAGGUCCGCAAUGCUUUCUCGGAGCUUAUGGCGCCGAGACCCAAGCCAAAGCCUGAGGACAAGCCCGUCAACCCAGCGGUGAGGACCAGCUCCUUCCCCAGACGAGACGGUCUGGGCUACUACAUCGCAAAUGCGGAGACCCUGCCCUCGAGCAGCGUCAUCUUCGCGAACCCAGGCUUUGUAGCCAUCCGCGACCUAUACCCCAAAGCGACGGUGCACUGCCUCCUCCUCCCUCGGUCCCCAGACAAGAUCCUGGUCCACCCGUUCGACGCGUUCGAAGACGCGGGCUUCCUCGCCUCUACGCGGGCGGAGGCGGCAAGGCUCAAGGACCUCGUCGCCAGGGAGCUCCAGCGGCUGGUGGGCGAGCACAGCGCCGCCGAUGGCCCCCGGCGGGCCGUCCUGGACGGUGAGGUCGAGCCUGAGACGGACGCAGAGGGCAGGGCAGUCCUCCCGAAGGGCAGGGACUGGAUGGCAGAGGUCAAGGUCGGCGUACACGCCCAUCCGAGCAUGAACCAUCUGCACGUGCACGUCAUCAGCCGCGAUAUGUAUUCGGGUAGGCUGAAGGUUAGGAAGCACUACAACUCCUUUACCACCGGCUUCUUCGUGCCGCUGGACGAUUUUCCUCUGGCGGCCGACGACCCGCGGCGGGACCAGGCUGGUUGGCACGAGAAGCCCAUGCACUGCUGGCGCUGCGGGCGCGACUUUGGCAACAAAUUUCAGGAGCUCAAGAAGCACCUCGCAGAGGAGUUCGAGAAGUGGGUGAGGGAAUGAGUGUCGCGACUACUCCCUUGUAGUUGGACGAGCUGGGGGUUCGCGGUAUGAUGCCUACUUAAGUAGUCUCACGAGGAUGGUGGUCGACACUGGUGUCAGGACAUGAUGGCAGAGCAUUAAUUGGAAA